AUGGGGCUGGACUUUGACGUAAAGACUUUUUGCCACAAUCUGCGGGCCACCAAGCCCCCGUACGAGUGCCCUGUGGAGACUUGCCGUAAGGUCUACAAGAGCUAUAGUGGCAUUGAGUACCAUCUCUACCACUACGACCACGACAACCCGACUCCUGUACAGACUAUUCCUCAGAAAAAGAGAAAGGGAAGACCUCCACGCGGCGGAAACACACCCGGUAGUCCCAACCGGUCAGAGCACUCUCAUUCUCCGGGCAGGGACACAAUGACUUACGCCCAGGCCCAGCGCAUGGUGGAGCUUGAGAUUCAGGGACGCAUCCAUCGCAUUAGUAUCUUUGAGAACAUUGACGUGGUGUCAGAAGACGACAGUGAGGUGGAGGACCCUCCAUCCUCUGGCAAUGGCAAGGACCGGCCGGACACGCCAGCCGCUAAUGGGGGCAAAGCCACUCCAAAGUCCGGAAAGCACAAGAGUAAAGAGAAGAAGAAGGAGGGCUCGUCUCACCACCACAGCGCUCCGUCUGGCCCAGCAGUUAAACUCCCAGAGGCGGUGUUCAGAGAACUGGACCAAGAAAGACCCGACGCACCGCCACGACCCUCAUCUUACUACAGGUACAUUGAUAAGUCUGUGGAGGAGCUGGAUGAAGAGGUGGAGUAUGACAUCGAUGAAGAAGACUACAUCUGGCUCGACAUCAUGAAUGACAAGCGUCGCCAAGAGGGUGUGACGCCCAUCCCCCAGGAAGUCUUUGAGUACCUAAUGGACCGCCUAGAGAAGGAGUCCUACUUUGAGAGCCACAACAAGGCAGACCCCAGCUCCCUAAUCGAUGAAGAUGCCGUCUGCUGUAUCUGUAAUGAUGGAGAGUGUCAGAACAGCAACGUGAUCCUGUUUUGUGAUAUGUGUAACCUGGCGGUGCACCAGGAGUGCUACGGCGUACCCUACAUCCCCGAGGGCCAGUGGCUUUGCCGCCGCUGCCUGCAGUCACCCAGCAGAGCUGUGGACUGUGCUCUCUGCCCCAACAAGGGAGGAGCUUUCAAACAGACAGACGAUGCACGCUGGGCACACGUGGUGUGCGCCCUCUGGAUCCCAGAGGUCUGCUUUGCCAACACCGUCUUCCUGGAACCCAUCGAUAGCAUUGAGCACAUUCCUCCUGCGCGCUGGAAACUCACUUGCUACAUCUGCAAGCAGCGUGGCUCCGGCGCCUGCAUUCAGUGCCACAAGGCCAACUGCUACACGGCCUUCCACGUCACCUGUGCCCAGCAAGCCGGCCUUUAUAUGAAGAUGGAGCCCGUCAGGGAGACCGGCGCCAAUGGCACCUCCUUCAGCGUCCGCAAGACGGCCUACUGUGACCUCCACACGCCCCCAGGCUCAGCCCGACCCCUGGGAGGUGUGGGAGGGGCGAGCAUGGGCUCCUCCCACAGUGAAGGCGAGCUGGAUGAGGACGACGAUCCCAGCAUCAGCCACGAUGAUGACUCCAAAGGCUGGAGCUCCGAGCGGGCCAAGAGGGCGAAGGCCAAGUCCAGGCUAAAGAUGAAAAGGGCCAGGAAAAUUUUAGCUGAGAAGAGGGCUGCUGCACCCGUGGUGUCUGUUCCCUGUAUACCCCCUCAUAGGCUGAGUAAAAUCACCAGCAAUCUGACGGUGCCGAGGAAAAGCCAGUUCAUGCAGCGGCUGCAUAGCUAUUGGACCCUGAAGAGGCAGAGUCGCAAUGGCGUGCCACUGCUGCGCCGGCUGCAGACCCACCUACAGUCACAGCGCAACAUUGACCAGAUCCAGGACAGUGAGGAGAAGCAGUCGGCUCUGAAGGAGCAGCUGAAGGCGUGGCAGAGGCUGAGGCACGACCUUGAGAGAGCCAGGCUACUUGUUGAGCUCAUCCGCAAGAGGGAGAAGCUCAAGAGGGAGACGAUCAAAGUACAGCAGAUGGCGCUAGAGAUGCAGCUGACUCCCUUUCUUGUGCUGUUGAGGAGUACACUGGAGCAGUUACAGGACAGAGACACCAGCAACUUUUUCACUGAACCUGUACCCUUGGCAGAGGUGCCAGACUACCUGGAUCACAUCGACACUCCCAUGGACUUCCAGACCAUGUGGAACCUGCUGGAGUCUCACCGCUACCUCACCUUUGAGGCUUUUGAGUCCGACUUUGGUCUCAUUGUUAACAAUUGCCUCAAGUACAACGCAAAGGACACCGUCUUCUACCGCGCAGCCCUGCGGCUCAGAGAGAUGGGGGGCGCUGUCAUCAGGACAGCGCGGCGCCAGGCGGAGCGAAUAGGCUUCGACUAUGAAACAGGCAUGCACCUCCCACGGGAACCCAGUCCAGAAAGCCAUCAUGAUAGAGAGAGGGACCGAGAAAGGGAGCGGCUGCUAGUGCCAGAGAAUCGGCGACGGCUGCCAUUGGAGGAGCAGCUACGGAUCCUGCAGGCGCGCAUCGAAGAGGCCAGCUCGGGGAAGCAUAGCAUCGGUCAGUCCCGCAGGGCCAAAGCCCUGAGAAAGGAACUGACCAUCAUCAAGAGGAAGCUGGGCCACCAGCGGGAGGGGGGGCCUGGCAUGGGGCCCAGGGACACUGUGGGAGGGGGCGAGCGUUGCUCAUCCCUCCCCCACCACCCCUCUUCUACGGGACGCCACGACGAGGGCGGCGAGAGCAGCAGCCAGGAGAUCGGUGGCAAGGGUCAUGUGUCCUCCUCGGCUUUGGCUCCAGAGGUGGGCCGUCGAACCUCUGUGCUCUUCUCCAAGAAGAACCCCAAAACAGCCGGGCCUCCCAAGAGGCCAGGCCGCCCCCCCAAGAACCGGGACGCCGGACAUGGUGGGACGGGGGUCAGCCCAAGCCCCAUCGGCCCCCCUCAGCUGCCCCUGUUGUCUCCGCCCAGGCAGAGGAAGAGACCCCGCAGCCCCCGCAGCAGCUCCAGCUCAGAGAGCGACAGUGACAAUGACGACCUCCUGCUGGGUUUGCCCAGCAAUGGGUUUGAUGGAGGGAACCAGCCAGUGACAGAGAGCUUCCGUGUGUACAGAAAUGAGAGGAGCCUCCCUCGCUCCAGCUCAGACUCCGAGUCCACCACCAGCAGCAGCAGCAGUGCAGCAUCAGACAGAACCAGUACUACUCCUUCUAAGCAGGGCAGAGGCAAGGCAUCGUUUUCUCGAUCAGCCUUCCAGGAAGACAGCAGUGAGGAGACAUCAGGCACUGAAAAUGACUCCUACUCCGUUGGAGGCUCCCGCAGCGUCUCACACUCUAUGGUGCGUGGCCGAGGCAGGUCAGGCUGCUGGAUGAGCUCUGAUGACUACUCUUCCCUGGAUGCUCUGGACCUGGUGUGGGCCAAAUGUAGAGGUUACCCCUCCUACCCUGCCCUGAUCAUCGAUCCAAAGAUGCCCAGGGAAGGGGUGUUUCACCGGGGCGUGCCCAUUCCGGUGCCCCCCUUGGACGUGCUGAAGCUAGGAGAACAGAUGACCCAGGAGGCCAGGGAGCACCUCUUCCUCGUCCUCUUCUUUGACAACAAGAGAACCUGGCAGUGGCUUCCACGCUCCAAGCUAGUACCUCUGGGAGUGGACCAGGAGCUGGACAAGGAGAAGAUGCUGGAGGGCAGGAAGUCCAACAUACGCAAGUCGGUCCAGGUGGCCUACCACCGUGCCAUGCAGCACCGCAACAAGGUGCAGGGAGAUCCUAGCAGUGAGACCAGCGACAGUGACUAAAACAACACAGGAUAUAUUUUUUUACAUUGACACCCCAACUCUGCACCCCAC